GAAAUUUUUUAAUUAUUUCAAUUUUUGACUCGAAGCGUUAGUACAAUUUUAAAUACGAAGGAGAAACGCGCGCUUUUCAUAUUUUAUGUUGGUACGAGCCUAACAUGUAAUAGAUUCGAUCAGAAGAGUUAGGUAGGCCUAGGUCUUUAUAAUAACUAACUCAUUCCUUACCUGGAAAACUAUUUUAUUUACUGCCAUCUAGCGAAGAAAUUUUAAUAUGAAUAUACACACAGAGACAAUUAAAUUUUGUAGGUAUGUGCUAAUCACGCUAACACCACUUUAGUCGGCUUUGUAACAAUUGCCCUUAGUAUUGUAGUUUUGCUACGAGCCUGUAAUAAAACAAAUUUAUAUGAAAUAUAUAAUUUGGAUUUAAAUAUACAUGUAAUAAAUAGUGAAAAUAUUUAUUUACAUUGUACAAAUUACAUUUACAACAAGUUAUUUGUAAUGUUCUUAUUCAUAAAAUUAAUGAUAAAGUAGUCUUAAUGGAAUUGUAUCAUAAUUUUGAUCUUACGAUAUAUAUGCAAUAUAUUUGAUGCUACAAUAUAUAUUAGCAUAUUUUUAUUGUUCUAUUUCUUGAAAUGAUUUUUAAUAUAUACUGUCGCAUACGUAAAUUUAAUGUGAAAUGAACUAUUGACGAAUCUUGGAAUCUUGAUAUAUUACAAAUAUGUUUUCGAUGGAUCAAUCUAAACCUUCAAACAAUCUUCCAAUCCAGGAAGAUAAUAAAAGGGUUUUUAUAAAUGAUCCAGACUGGGACACAAUAGCUGUAUAUUUAAUAGGGAAUCAACAAAGAUUUAGGGAGAAUAUUAUUAUACCAAGAAUGAUAGGACCUGUACAAAUUAAGACUAAUGAAGAAAAAAUGGUGGAAAGAGCAAUGGAAAGUUGUGCCUUUAAGAGUAUUAUGAGCUGUGUACUUGGAUAUGGAUUGGGAGCUGCAAUAGGUUUAUUCUCAUCAAGUGUAAAUCCAAAUAUCACAAGUGUAGAAAAACAGCAAACUGCACGCGAAAUAUUUAGGGAAAUGAAAAUGACGACACUCAGUUAUGCUAAAAAUUUUGCUGCUGUGGGUUGUGUAUUUUCAGCCGUUGAAUGUACUAUAGAAUCUUACAGAGGUAAAACCGAUUGGAAAAAUGGUACUUAUGCAGGUGGUGUGACAGGUGGCUUAAUAGGCCUAAGAGCUGGCAUAAAAGCAGGAUUGAUAGGUGCUGCAGGAUUUGCAGCAUUUUCAACAGCAAUAGAUUAUUACAUGCACAGAUCAUAAAUAACAUUUAAUAGAAUUACAAAUCAUGUAUUUCUAUAGAAAAGAUAUAAAAGCCUGCGUAUAUUGAGCAUAUUUAUAAUACAUACAAAAGCAUUAAACAUGUUUAUAUUGUAUAAAUAGAUAUAAAUGCUUAGAAAUAAGUACAAUGGUCAAGGUAUAAAAUAUGUGAGAAAUUGAUAUCUGUUCGUCUUAAAUUACCUAAAACUUGUCUGUACUCCCACUUAUUGACUGAACAAUUCUUUUUUUUUUUUUUCUUUCUUUUUUAUUUUUAUUUUAUAUACCUCAAAAUACUAUUAAAGUGUAUUACAAAAAUACUAAGCUAUAUUUUAAUAUUCUGGUAAAUAAGAAUAAAGUAAAUUAAAUGCAGUUUUGGAACAGUUCUUAAUACUUUUCACAUAAUACCUUUGGAAGAUAAAUAUGUGCAAAAUUUCAUCAUCUAUCUUUUAUAAUUUAUCACAUUAAAAAACAAUGUUUUGUAUAAGUUACAAUAUCUCUUUGUUGUUAAAAAAAGAUGCAGUCUUAUAUUUAUUUAUUAUUUUUUUUUUUUUUUUUCUUUUUCUUUUUUUUUUAAACAUCCUGGAUGAUCACACCUUAGAUACAUGAUAUUACAUGUUCUAUUUGAAUUAGAUAUGUCAGAAAAGUAUGCAUAAUACAAAUACAAAAAGUAUUUGCAUAUUCGAAGACAUGUUUCUCACUGUACAAAUGAGUAUAAUCU